AUGCCGCUCGGCCGCGAGGAAUGGGAGACGCUCAUCGUGGCGGCGGAGCUCGUGGCGACGCUGUGCACGUCCUUCUGGCUGGUCACGCGGCGCUCCGGGCGCGUCGACCGCCUCCUGCUGUCCAGCGACGCCGCGGCGCUGCUGCAGCCGCGCAGCUGCUGGUCCCUGCGCGCCCUGUUGGCCUUCCGAGCCGGCGCCGCGACCUUCUUCGUGCUCAUCCAAAUCUGCGACGUGUGGCGCUCCCGGGGCCGCUGCCUGGCGUUCUACACGUCCUGGAACUUCGUCCUGCAAGGCGCGUACUUCUGCGGGGCCGCGUGGCGCACACGGCGCCAGCUGCAGCGCCGAUUGGACGAGAGGACGGCGAGCUACACGGCGCUGGUGGACGGCGACGACGACGGCGCGGACAGCGCCUUUGCUCGCCCCAGGAGGAUCGUUAGAGACAGCGGCCUGCACUGGGUCGACCUGGAGCUGCUGCUAGACGUGUGUCUGGCGGCCUCGCUGCUCAUUUGCGCCGUGGUGUGGGCCGUGCUGUACCCGUACGCCGUCAAGACGGGCCACCCCGAGAAGAUCCUCAAUGGAGUGAGCUACUGUCAACAUGGAGUCAAUGUGGUGCUACUGCAGGUGGACUUCUUUGCCACGAGACACCAGGUGUCGAGAGACGCCUUGCCACUGAUCAUGGGCUGGCCAUCGGUGUAUGCGGUGUUCGCGUGGAUCGUACAUGGCACAGUGGCGCGAGGGUUCUGGCCGUACCCGUUCCUGGACCUGGACACGCCCUGGGCGCCGGUUUGGUACGGAGGAUUGCUGGCUGCUCAUAUUGUGGCGUUGAUGCUGGUGAUGUUGCUGUCGAAAGUUAAACACAAGGAGCAACGCACCGUUACUUUUGCGGAUCCAGUGGAAGCUUAG